UUCACCACUUGAAAUAUUCAACGUAUCGAUGCAUGUCGCGGGGAUUACAUUUAUAACACAGAAAUGACUUGUAGUGGGAGUGUCAAAUCUAGACUACAAUUUUACAACAACUGGUUUUGACAGCUGAGCUCCGUUGGAAAUGCCACGGCGCCCUCUCUGAUGUGAGGAUGAGGACCUACACUCGAGGGGCCCCCACAGUGUUCUUCAUAAGUCUACUGUGGCCUCUGGUGGCCCCGGUGGUGGGGGUGGCGGAGGAGACGGUAGACCCCAGCGGAGGGAUACCCUUCAUGGGAGGGAACUACGAUGGACACCCCAUGCUGUACUUCGGCCAGGGCGAGGUGGAGGAGCUGCAGUCGGCGGCGGCUGGGACUCAUCGGGAGAUGGCUGCGAGGAUCCGCGAGGCGGGGGAGGCCAUGCUGGAGCAUCCUGAGGAGUACCUGCCCCCCUGGAGCCCAGCCGAGUUCAGCGCCCGCUGGAACGAGGUGUAUGGAAACAACCUGGGAGUGCUGUCUAUGUUCUGUCUGCUCUACCCACACAGGGCUGGGGCCCUCGACCUGGCCAAGGAUUACAUGGAGAGGAUGGCAGCUCAGCCUAGUUGGUUGGUAAAGGAUGCUCCCUGGGAUGAGGUUCCUCUAGCCCACUCUCUGGUAGGCUUUGCCACAGCGUAUGACUUCCUGUAUGAGUACCUGAGCAAGGUGCAGCAGGAGCGCUUCCUGCAGGUGAUCGGCAACGCUACGCGCUACAUGUAUGAGAAGUCCUACAUCCGCGGCUGGGGCUUCCAGUACCUGCACAACCACCAGCCCACCAACUGUGUGGCUCUCCUCACCGGCAGCCUGGUCUACAUGACCCAGGGUUACCUGCAGGAGGCCUACCUGUGGACCAAGCAGGUCCUGGCCAUCAUGGAGAAGUCAAUGGUGCUGCUGCAGGACGUGACGGACGGCUCGCUGUAUGAGGGCGUGGCCUACGGGACAUACACCACCCGCUCCCUUUUCCAGUACAUGUUCCUGGUGCAGAGACACUUCUCCAUCAGCCACUUCGGCCACCCCUGGCUCCACAAACACUUUGCCUUCAUGUACAGGACCAUCCUGCCAGGGUUCCAGAGGACUGUAGCCAUAGCAGAUUCCAACUACAACUGGUUCUACGGGCCCGAGAGCCAGCUGGUGUUCCUGGAUCGCUAUGUGAUGAGGAACGGCAGUGGGAACUGGCUGGCUGAGCUGAUCCAUCAGAACCGGGUGUUGGAGGGGCCGGGACAGGCCGGGAAGGGACAAAGAUGGUGCACACUGCACACAGAGUUCCUCUGGUAUGAUCCCAGCCUGACUCCCAGGGCUCCUGCAGAUUUUGGUACAUCCCAACUCCACUACUUUGAGGACUGGGGGGUCGUCACGUAUGGAAGUGCUCUACCCGCAGACACCAACCACACCUUCCUCUCCUUUAAGUCGGGGAAGCUGGGUGGACGGGCCAUAUUUGACAUCGUUCACAGGAACAAGUACAAAGACUGGAUCAAAGGGUGGCGGAACUUUAACGCUGGCCACGAGCACCCUGACCAGAACAGCUUUACGUUCGCCCCUAACGGUGUUCCUUUUAUCACAGAGGCUCUGUACGGGCCCAAGUACACCUUCCUCAACAACGCAGUGCUGUUCUCCCCGGCUACCUCAGGAAGCUGCUUCAAGCCAUGGGACGGCCAGGUCACAGAGGCCUGCGACUCCAAGUGGCUGAAGUACAAGGUGGGGCUGCCGGCAGACGCCCAGGGCAGGGUGGAGGCGGCUCUGGAGAGGCAGGGCAUGGUGUUCAUCCGUGGGGAGGGCCAGUCGGCCUACAACCCUGACCUGAAGAUCAGGAGCUUCCAGAGGAACAUGCUGCUCCUGCACCCCCAGCUGCUGGUCCUAGUGGAUCAUAUCCAUCUGGAGACAGACAGCCCAACCAGGGCCAUGAGCGCCUUCUUCCACAACACAGACCUGCCCUUUAAGGACGCCAAAAUAGACGGUGUGCACGGAGCCUUUGUCAGACAUGGGGAAGACCCAUAUAAAAUGUUUUGGAUGGAUGACACAGGCUUAAGUGAGAAAGGGGUCUUGGGGUACUGGAACUAUCCCCGUGGGUACCCCUAUAACGGCUCUAACUAUGUGAAUGUGACAAUGCCACUGAGGUUUCCCCAUACCAGGGUGGCCUACAUCUUCUUUGGGCCAGGGGUGGACGUGCAGAGCUUUAGUCUGCGUGGCGAUGCUAAUAGGGUGAACAUUUACUUGGCCACCAACGAGCACACCUACACCAUCUACCUGCUGACUGGGGAGGUGACCACCAAGCCUCUGUUCGCCAUGGUGCUGGUGGACCAGAAGAAAAUAGUAUUUGAGAAAGCAGCAGGAGUGAAGAACAGCACACCGGAGGAGGUAGAGGAGUAUGUCAAUGUAGUAGAGGACAACCUCCAGCACGCAAAGCCUGUUUUCCAGCAGCUGGAGAGACACAUCCUGGGCCGGGUGCUCAACACGGCCAGCUUCCGCAAGACGGCCGAGCGUCUCCUCCAGUUCUCUGACAAGAAGAAGACGGAGGAGGCCAUUGAGAAAAUGUUUGCUCUGAAUAAGAAACAGGGCAAGGGCAAGGGGGCCAAUAAAGCCUUGGGGAACCUUGGGGACAAGCUCUCAGAGAGCCUGCCGGACAUCUUUGGACAGAUCGAGGUAAGGGAGAAGAAGGAGAGAUCAAAGAGCACAAAGAGGAUUAUUGAGGAGAGCCCCGAGGAAGAUGGAGACUCCAGGGCCUUUAUGGAUUAUGGAGACUCCAAAAAAGGCAGGAAAGGCGGCUUUGUGAAGGGUCGCCAGUUCAAGGAGGUCCACAUGUUGGCAACAGCCAACAGUGACAGUCUGUCGAACUCAUCCUCUUAUAUUAGAGUAUUCCUCAUAUUAAACAUAGCCACCUUCUUCUUGCUACUGGCUGUGUUAUUGACACGCUUCCAGAGAGGCAGAAGUCUGCACACCAAGAGGUGUUUCUAUGGCAUUCUCCUCAUCGACAGCUUCAUCUUACUCUGCCUCUACUCCUCCUGCUCUCAUGCACAGUGUUGACAUCAUCACUGUGCGACGAGGGGAAUGUCCAUGUGCAGACCUAUUGAACUGUUAUAGUUUGCCAUGGGUGAAUAAAAUGCACCAUACACCUCAGUCUGAGCCAAGUCUACCUGAUGGGUGUCCAGGAAAUAAUUAAUUCCAAAUAGGAAUUGAUAGAUUUAAUAACGAGAUUAAGCCAGACCUCCUCUGAGAUCCUAAGCUUCUGUGGAGCUUUAGAAUGGAGUCUGUGUCAACUUUUUCAUGUACAGUAUUUAGAGUAGACCUCUUGCUUCAUAUCAAAGAUCGCCAAGGCUAGCCACUAAAAUGCAGAUAUCUCUGCCUCUCUCUAUGGACGUUUUGACAUGCAGUCUAAGUCAAAACGAAUAUAGAAAGAAUGUACAUAUGUUCAAACAAGAUAUAUUUUUGUGGUAUUAUUUCUACUCUUUGUAAUGAAAAAGGAACAAUAUGCAUAGAUGUGCAAUGGGAUUUUCAUUGUGUAUUUGCUUUUGCCUGAUGAAUGUGGGGACUUUGCAGAUUAAAAGCUGUAGAAAUAUGUUA